AUGAAAGGGUUGAACACUGCUCUUCAAUUGUCAGCUCUUCAUCUUGUAGCCACAAGUGCUUCCUUCCAGGAAGUGGUAGAUCAUGUUCAGACUGUUGAGGGUGUUAAACAGGAUGGGUAUGUUAAGUAUGUAGAAAAGAAGGCCCGAUACGGUGGCCAUCGAGAGGCCACCAAGUGCUUAGCUAGUCAGCCAGAGGGUUCACAGGCCAAAGCUCCAGGCUAUGGUGGUUAUUCGAUUUCUUCAGUUUCUAUUCAGCGUCCGAUGCUAGACCACGGAUGCUUUGAGUGUCGUGAGAUAGGGAAUUUCAAGAGAAAUUAUCCCAGACUUAGGCAAGGUGGCCAGGGUGCUCAGUUUCAGGCUCCCAAAGCUCCAGCAUCAGGUAGAGGGGGAGGAUCUUAUGGUGGAAACCGUGCUCAGACUGGGCGUGGUGGUCACACAGCUGGUAGAGGUGGCACCCAGCCUAACAGAGGCGGGUUUCAGUCAGGUAGAGGUGGACAUCAGCCCGGCAGGGGCGGAGCUCAGGCAGUGUAG